CAUGCAUGAGAAUGCAAGUGAAAAGGAAGGAAAUACAGGACUGCCAGGUGGAAGUGAAACAACUUGAGGAAAAAAAACAAAGAUACAUUCAAGUGGGAGAACAGCUGAAAGUAGAGCAGAUCAGCCAAAUCAAAGCGCUGCUGAAACAGGAGCGAGAGCUACUGCUUAAGCUGGAGAACAGUGAGCUGCAGAACAAGGAGCAGGUGGAGGGAACCCUCCGCUGUGACCGGGAGCUGGCCAGCAGCCGGGAGGAGGAGUUAGCAGAGCUCUGCAGCAAGCUCCUCGGUUUGGAAGAGGAGCUGCUGCAUUUGCAGGCGGAGAAGGAGGUCUACAUCGAGUUCAAGACCGCAAGAUUCCAGGAGCAGCAGCAGCAAAUCCUUCAACUGGAGAACAGGCUCUCACACACGCAGAAGGUCUUUGCUAAGAUGUCAGAUCACAUUCAGAAUUCCUUGGAUGAUGCUCACAGUGAUGUUGACAAAAGAACAGCUUUGCUUAUAGAGGAGGAGAAGCGACUGGCCGUAGAGAGGGCGAUGAAAGAGCUUGAUGAGCACACCAGACAGGAAUUCAGAGCGAAUGAAUGGCUGAAAAAGGAGCUUUCCGUGUACAGGAAAGAAGCAUCUACUCUGGAGAUGGACAUUGACAGUCUGGAAAAGGAGAACCUGGAGCACAUAAAUGAGGUGUUGGAGAAUCAGCUCAGUGAGCUGCACAUUUCCAGCAGAAAUGUCUUCCUCACCCAGACUUCCUGUCCGCUGGCUUCUGAUGUAGGGAAUGGGGUUGAGACGAUGGAGAGGGUAGACUGUAGAUACCAGCCAGACAACACAGGCGGACCCUCAACUCCCAUGAGCCCAACGGCGGAAGCGGAGAUGGUUCUGGGCUGCCUCAUGGAGCUGGAGACAGAUGAGACGCCCAGUAGCUGCAGCCAGUCAGCCCAGCAGCCCCCUAGCCCAAACCAGAUAAUGCAUGGAAGCCAGACCAACAUUCAGCAGCAUCCCACGCACCGGGGACCCCUGGAACUAAAAUUGUUGACCGUGGUGGGUCAGGCGGCCCCUCUGCACCCCCUCCCACUCAUGCAAGGCAGCCCGGGGAUGCAGCAGGACCCUGAGGACUGGCCACUGACCACCCGCACGAUCCAAGGCAGGUUUAAGUAG